UAACAGCCUGCGGGUAAGAAGAAGACGCCUUCACGAACGUCAAAGUUUCCUGCCAAUAUAUUGAUAAUCUCACAAAUAAAUCUGCUCCAUGAUCUAGUGUGUAGAAUUGGUCGCAAUGACUUACUAUUCGAGGAGAGAAAUCGAGGAGUUCCACCCGGAAUUGAACAACAUAGUUUACAAAAUCAUUGGCAAUGAGGACAGCACCGUGGUAAACACCCUGGAGAACUGCCUUUACAAUGGCUACGACAAGCAGCGCAUUUUCGACAAACUUUCUUCCAUGCUGGAUGAAAAGAAAUCUAACCGCGUAAUGGAGAAAGUGCAUCAAUUUUUAGAGUACUAUCGAAAUUCACAGAAGGGACGAAAACGUGCACACGAGGCCGACGCCCGCGACAAAGACAACAAAAAGUCCAGAUCGCGAAAUGACAAGGCCGAGGAGAAACCUAAAAAUGAACCAAAAGACAAGGAGACGGAGGAAAUUGACGCGAAAUCGAACAGCAGCCUCUCGUCACAGCAAAUCAAGCUGAUGAUGGCGAAUGCCCAGCGAGAAAUAGAGGAAAGAAAACGCGCCCUCAUAGCGUUGAAAGCAAAAGAUCCAAUUCUGGCUGCAGUUCCCCAGGUGAGCUUGCCCGUGGCCAUGGCGAACCAAGCACUCGCGGCCAACAAGCCCGAGGACGAACGCGCUAAGAAAAUUGCUGAGCUCCAGGCACAAAUCCGCGCGAAACUAUCUGGUUCACUUGCGACGAUAAUUCCGCCAGUCCAGGAGCGCCCCAAGCCCUUGAUCCUUGACGAGGAAGGAAGAACCAUCGACAAAAGUGGCCGAACCAUAAGCAUCCCAACCGUAGCUCCCACUCUGAAGGCAAACAUUCGCGCCAAGAAGCGCGAGGUCUUCAACAAGAACCAGACCAACGAAAAGACCCAUCAGGAGGAUGUGGUCAAAUUCUACGAUGACCGAAUCAUGGCGAAGCCCGCUCUGCGGACAAAACGUUCGCUCCGGUUCCACGAACCUGGAAAGUUCCAACAAAUGGCCGAGAGGUUGAGGAUGAAGGCCCAAUUGGAGAAGCUACAGAAUGAAAUCUCACAAAUCGCACGGAAAACAGGAAUCAGCUCCGCCACCAAACUAGCGCUGAUCGCGCCGAAACAAGACUCACACGCCGACGACGUCCCCAGCAUGGAAUGGUGGGAUUCUGUGAUACUGGAGAAAGAUCUGGAGAGUUUCAACGAAGCAGGGAAGAUCUGCAUUCGCCAGUCCGCCAUAACGAAUUUGAUUGAGCAUCCAACACAGAUGAAGCCUCCAAAUGAACCACUCAAACCGGUCUACUUGCCCGUUUUCCUCACAAAGAAAGAACGGAAGAAGCUUCGCCGCCAGAACCGGCGCGAAGCCUGGAAGGAGGAGCAGGAGAAGAUCCGAUUAGGUUUGAUCCCGCCGCCCGAGCCAAAGCUGCGCAUCUCCAACCUCAUGCGCGUCCUUGGCACUGAGGCCGUUCAAGAUCCAACGAAGAUUGAAGCCCACGUCCGGGAGCAAAUGGCAAAGCGACAAAAGGCACACGAGGAGGCAAACAACGCCCGCAAACUGACGGCAGAACAGAAACGAGAGAAGAAAAUCCGGAAAGUCAAAGAGGAUACAUCGCUUGGCGUGCACGUUAGCGUCUACCGGAUACGCGACCUCCAGGACAACGCCAGUAAGAAGUUUAAAGUGGAGACGAAUGCGAAACAACUCCACAUGACAGGGGUUGUCAUUCUGUUCCGUGAUUGCUGCGUAGUCGUCGCAGAGGGUGGCCCCAAACAGCAAAAGAAGUAUCGUCGCUUAAUGCUAAAUCGAAUCAAGUGGGAAGAGGACAUGGUGAAGAACGCCGACGGCAAUGAGGUGCCGAACUCGUGCGUACUCGUGUGGGAGGGCACGAGCCAGAGACGUCAUUUCGGCGAAAUGAAAUUCAAAGUUUUUCCGAUGGAAAAGAUGGCGAGAGAAUUCUUCCAGAAACACCAAGUUGAGCACUAUUGGGAUUUGGCGUAUUCCGGUGCAGUCCUAGAAGCGUCUGAGGAUGCGUAGUUGUGUAAGUUGAAUGGAAAUUGCGUUGCGAAUAAAAUAUUUUGGAAAUAGA